AUCGGUGCAGAGCAACACUGGAGAUCAGCGCCAGACGCCAAACCCUCGGAGAGGCAGACGGAGCUCCUUUCCCCAUGAGAGGAGCAAGAGAAGGAGCAGAACAGGAAGCGAAGGAGGAAAAAUAAAGGGAGGGAACUCCAUCCACGCCUUCUAUCCUCAGCACCUACUUGCUACUCACUGUGCUGUGCAGUCUACUGUUGCUUCACUGGACUCCCUUAGAAAGCCCUAGCAUAGCGGAGCGUACGGUUCACACGAGAAGAGCAACUGUAAGGCUGUGUUUCUUAAUGGUGUCAGAGGAAGCUGUCAGCACUCGUCAUCAUUAAGGCUUCAUCCAAGGCAAGACCUGACGCAUCAUUAUUUCCUCUUCAAAGGAAUAUCCAUAGUGAAUAAGUCAUUAUCUCCAGCUCAGUAGGACCAUCUCAAAGGAAGAUACCAAUAGUUUGGGCUUGUUGUUGAUGACUGUAUUCACCACAUUAGCUUCUGGAGAAUGAAAGUGGACACCCACUGUUGGAUCUACCUUCUCCAAUCCUCAUUCCAGUACCCCACAUCUACAGCUACGCCAUAUGGAAACGAUCUAAGGUUUUUUUGAGUUCUUCGGUCCAUAAGGUUGCGAUUGGGCUUCUUCUCUACGACGCUAGCCAUGACGCCCAUGCAAAAGCUCCUCCAGUUGCCGGUGAACGCGAUGAAUAUGGUGAAAACGGCGCAGGACCAGAUGGGGCAGCAGGAUGAGGCCAAAAGCCCUGUGAUGACCCCGGAUGGCGGAAACCAUAACUGGUACAACGGGGAGCCCAACGACCCGCGCCACAUCCGGUUUGGCAGCGGAGGUGGAGACCAGGAGGAGCGGGCCCACCUGGAGGAAGGGGGAGGCAGUUUAUCCAGCCUUGUGACCCAGCCUUUGCGACAUGAUGACUUGAAAGAGAUGCUGGACAGCAACAAAGACUCCCUGAAGCUGGAAGCUAUGAAGAGGAUUGUGGCUAUGAUCGCCAGAGGGAAGAAUGCCUCGGACCUCUUCCCAGCAGUGGUGAAGAAUGUGGCCUGCAAGAACAUCGAGGUGAAGAAGCUGGUCUAUGUGUACCUGGUGCGCUAUGCUGAGGAGCAGCAGGAUCUGGCUCUGCUCUCCAUUUCAACCUUUCAGAGAGGCCUGAAGGACCCUAACCAGUUGAUCCGGGCCAGUGCUCUGCGUGUGCUCUCCAGCAUCAGAGUCACCAUUAUUGUCCCUAUCAUGAUGCUGGCCAUCAAAGAGGCUGCCUCUGACAUGUCCCCCUAUGUGAGGAAGACGGCAGCUCACGCCAUCCCCAAACUCUACAGCUUGGACCCAGAGCAGAAGGACUGUCUGAUUGAGGUCAUUGAGAAGCUCCUGGCUGAUAAAACCACACUAGUGGCAGGUAGUGUUGUCAUGGCCUUUGAGGAGGUGUGUCCUGAGCGCAUAGACCUGAUCCAUAAGAACUACCGUAAACUGUGUAACCUGCUGAUCGACGUGGAGGAGUGGGGUCAGGUGGUCAUCAUCAACAUGCUCACUCGCUACGCCCGGACGCAGUUCCUCAACCCCAACAUGAACGAAUCCCUGUUGGAGGAGGGUGGUGGAGAGAAGGCCUUCUAUGGCUCUGAUAAUGAUGAUGACACCGAUGAUGAGGAAGACAAAGAGGAGAAGGAGAAGAAGAAGACUGAGGCGACUGCCAUUGUCAAGAGGAAGCCUUACGUCAUGGACCCAGACCACCGGCUACUGCUGAGGAAUACCAAGCCCCUACUGCAGAGUCGAAACGCAGCAGUGGUGAUGGCUGUGGCUCAGCUAUAUUUCCACCUGGCACCCAAAGCGGAGGUAGGCGUCAUUGCCAAGGCUCUGGUGCGCCUCAUGAGGAGUCACAGUGAAGUGCAAUAUGUCGUCCUUCAGAAUGUGGCAACAAUGUCCAUCAAGAGAAGGGGGAUGUUUGAGCCCUAUCUGAAGAGUUUCUACAUCCGCUCCACAGACCCAACCCAGAUUAAAGUCCUCAAGCUGGAGGUUUUGACCAAUUUGGCCAACGAGACAAAUAUAUCCACCAUCCUGAGAGAAUUUCAGACGUACAUUAAAAGCAAUGAUAAGGACUUUGUGGCAGCCACCAUCCAGGCCAUCGGCCGCUGUGCCACCAACAUUGGGGAGGUGAGGGACACCUGUCUCAACGGCCUGGUGCAGCUGCUCUCCAACCGCGAUGAGUUAGUAGUGGCCGAGUCGGUGGUGGUGAUUAAGAAGCUGUUGCAGAUGCAGCCCGAGCAGCACAGUGACAUCAUCAAGCACAUGGCCAAACUCACCGACAACAUCCAGGUGCCCAUGGCACGGGCCAGUAUCCUGUGGUUGAUCGGCGAGUACUGCGAGCACGUUCCCAAGAUCGCUCCGGAUGUCCUGAGGAAGAUGGCCAAGACCUUCACCAACGAGGAAGACAUCGUCAAGCUGCAGAUCAUCAACCUGGCUGCCAAACUCUACCUGACCAACUCCAAACAGACAAAACUGCUCACUCAGUACGUGCUGAACCUGGCCAAGUACGACCAGAACUAUGACAUUCGCGACCGGGCACGCUUCAUCCGCCAGCUCAUCGUGCCCACUGACAAGAGUGGUGCCCUCAGCAAGUAUGCCAAGAAGCUGUUCCUGGCCCUUAAGCCUGCGCCCGUCCUCGAAUCUCCAUUUAAAGAUCGAGACCACUUCCAGCUGGGCUCGUUGUCCCACCUACUGAAUGCCAAGGCCGGCGGCUACCAGGUGCUGCCUGACUGGCCCGAGGCCGCCCCAGACCCCUCUGUGCGCAACGUGGAGGUUAUUACGCUGCUUGAAAGAGUCACAACUUUAACCAGCGUGCCGGAGUGGACCAAGUGCAGCAGCCGUGAGAAAAGGAAAGAAAAGAAGGCGGACAAGCCAUUCUACUCUGACUCGGAGGGCGAGUCUGGCCCGACCGAGUCUGCUGACAGUGCCUCAGACACAGCCAGCGGCUCAGAGAGUGGCAGUGGCAGUGAGGAGAGCGGCUCGGGAUCCGAGAGUGAGGAGAGCAACGAGGAGUCUGAGUCUGCAAGCGAGGAGGACGAGGAGGAAGAGGGGAAGAAGAAAAAGAAGAAUGUGGAGAAGAUCAAAGCAAGGAAACCUGUUCCAGAAAGUGAAAGUGAGCCGAGCAGUGGAGAGGAUGUGAAGAAAAGCGAGAAGAAGAGCAAACCGCGGAUUGGUAGCUCCGAGUCAGAAUCCGAGGAGGACGACGAUAGUGAGUCAGAGAGCAGCGAGUCAGAGGAGGAGGAGUCAGAAGAGGAGUCAGAGGAGGAGACCAAGAAGAAAAAGAAGACCACAGCAUCUAAACCUCCAUCCAAACCACCCAAAAAAGAAAACAAGAAAGAAAAGAAAGAAAUGUCUCUGCUUGAUUUUGAUGACUUUGACCCCGCUCCAUCUCCGUCUCAAGUCACGCCCCUCAACAACUUCCUGUCCAGCAGCCUAGUGACAGAUCUGGAGGGCUUGUCCCUGACCGACAACGUUCUGUCCCCUACGACCAUCAUCCCAUCCGGCAAUCUGAAGACCUACGAGCUGCUCCACCGUAUCACCGGCGAGGGCCUGUCAGUGGAGUACUGCUUCAGCCGCCAGCCGUUCAGCCCCGACCCGCACAUGGUGGCAGUCAAAAUCCAGUUCACCAACAGCGCCACCUCCGAGGCCAAGAGCCUGCACGUGGAGGACGCCAAGUUGCAAUCAGGCAUGAGGAUCAAAGAGUUCCCUGAGAUCGAGGUGUUACCUGCGGGCGAGACUAUCAGCGUGGUGAUGGGCAUCGAUUUCUGUGAUUCCACACAGGCAGCCAACUUCCAGCUCUGCACUCACACCAGGAAGUUCUUUGUGUCGAUCCAGCCACCGGUUGGAGAGCUGAUGAUGCCAAUCUUUAUGACAGAAAAUGAGUUCAAAAAGGAGCAAGAGAUGCUAUUACAAAGUCUAGGUCAGUUGAUGGGCAUGAAUGAGAUCACAGAGAAGCUGACCCUGGAGGAGAAGUGUCAGGGCGAGCACGCUGUCGUUCAAAGGGUUACCACUGCCGCCAACCUCAGCCGAGUGCCCUGUGGCUCAGACAAGGAGUGCAGCCCUCCUGUACCUCCUCCCCCAUUUCCGAUUCACAGGUUCGCUGGGAAGACGGUGACCAGUGGCAGCCUUGUACUGGUCAGUGUGGUCACCAAAGAGGACGGGGCCGCCCAGCUGACGGUCAACUGUGAGAAAAUGGUGAUUGGCACGAUGUUGGUCAAGGACAUCCAUCAGGCCCUCACACAGUGAUGACCCCUAACUCUUGAUCCCUGACCUUUGACCCCAGCAAUUUCCUUCCUCUCCUACAGCUCGGUUCUGUCUCCCUUUGCUCACUCACAUACAUACAACCACACAUUCAUCCACUCCCAUUCCAAAUACCCCAAUACUUAGAGUCCUCUUUCUCUUCCUUAAGAUACUGGUAGUCUGAUAAGAAUAUGUAGAAGACAGGUUUGAUCCAUCGCUCAAUUGAUAUUCUCCAUGUAAUGCAGGUUUCAAACAAAUUAUGAUGAUUUUUUACUUAUACGAGAGACGCAAAUCUGGGGGAAAUAAUAGGCCCCACUUUGACUUUUAAAAUCACUUCCUACGAACCGUCGUAACAAAUUACAGAAUGGCAUUACUGUACACGAUUUGUAAAGACAAUAAGUCAUUAAGAAUCAUCCCACUGAUCAAAUAAAAUCUGUGACGGCGUUGAAUCAACAUGGAAAACUGAUUGGAUUUGCAAAAAGUAAUCAACGUAAGGGAUUUUUUUUUUUCACACAACUUUUAACCUAUAUUUGUUUGUUGAUUUCACAUUGAAUUCAUGUUAACUCAAAAAUGUUUUAAUCAAAACUAGACAUUGAACUGAGGUCAGUGCCCAGUGGGAUGUUUAUCCUAACCAAAACUAGACAUUGAACUGAGGUCAGUGCCCAGUGGGAUGUUUAUCCUAACCAAAACUAGACAUUGAACUGAGGUCAGUGCCCAGUGGGAUGUUUAUCCUAACCAAAACUCCUCCUUAUCAUUUGUCAUGACUGCUGUAAAGGUUUGACAUGCUCUCUUUAGCCAUAUCUACGAAUGGCUCAUGAUGUAUAGUACAUUAUUGUCUGAACUAAAGACUGCGAGUCCUCACCUAUACUCUUGCUAUACUUGUUUCGGCCAAGCGCAAAUGUACUAUGUAGAAAACACCAUGCCUUUUUAAAAAUGUAGUGUGGUACCAUUACCAACAUUACUUAGGUACAGUAACAGGGUAUAUCAUCAUCAAUAAAAAAGUGGUCACUCCUCAAUUUACUUUGGUCUGCUGAAUGUUCAAUGAAGUCCCCUUUUGAAUAGUGUAGUUCUCUAUUCUCAAUCUCUACCGCCUGGCCCGCUAAAUGUCAUACACAUAGAAUAGAUGUUAUUGAGUGGGAGUCCUGCAGUUGAAAAUGAUACACAGUAAACGUGAUUGAAUGCAUUGCAAUAUUUAAUACAAAAUCUAAGGUCUGUGUUAGUGUGUGUCUGUGUCUGUGUGUAUGAAUGAUUUCCAAACAUGACAAUGUUAAAUCAUCAUGGCCCAAGGCAAACUGUUCUGUAAUCAGCAUCUAUCUGUGUUUUCCUGCCUUUCCAAUGACUUUUGCAUAUACUUACUGUAUUUCCAGUAUAGGUUAACCAUGCUAUAUUUAAAAGUGGUUUCUAUCAUGCUAUAAACCCACUGAUGUUGUCAUAAUGAGACCUACGGAAAUGGGAUCCUAAGGAAACUGCACUAUGGGUCACACCAGGUAAAGGGCCUUGCUCUGUAUCGGGGAGACACGUGAUAUGAUAUAACAUAACCCACCUGCAUAUCUGCGAGCUGCCUUCGUGACAUAAGUGAUGUUAUUUAUUUAUUUGUUUCAAUUUUUUUUUGCCAUAGGAACAUGUAUUUGUAUCGUCACACCAAAGGAGUUCAAUACAGCAAGCAUCAAUAACAGUUAUCAUAGAAAGUUGGAGAGUGAAAGAAAAGGGAAAAUGACAGCAGUUUUUUACUCCUUGAAAUUUGAAUUGUUUUAUUUGUUCAGUAUCGCACUGGUAAAUCUUUCAAGCUUGUGAACUUAAUUCACAGGUUUGUGGAGUCAUGACACCAUCAAAGAACAAAUCAUUUAAGUUGAAUAUACAUGUAAUUUCAAAUUCAUUUUACUACUGGUAUGCAGACAAUUUGAGGACAUAAUUUGCUUAACUCAUACCAUUGACCUUAUGAAAAGUACCUUAUUGAAAGUACUGUUAAACGUGGCAGUGGUCUAUUAUUUCCUCCCCUAAAAUACAAAGCUAUAUAUAACUUUAAAUGGUUAAACCUUUCUCUCAAAAUGAAAACUUUGCAAUGAAUUUAAGAUAAUAGUGGAUGGAGCAAUCAUUUAAAGGGUAUUGUUAUUUUAAUGCACACUCGCUUUCUCUUUCUGAUGUCAUGAUUAUGGUCUACCAUAUCUUCUGUGUGGUUAUGAAAUAAUGUGAUGUUUAAGCUUUUAUUUAUUAUUCAAAUGAAAAUAAUGAAAUAAAACGGAUGAAAUGUG